CCAACUUAUUAAACUCUGCCCUCAUCCCCUUAACCUCAAACGCUCUCACCGCACUCUCGGACCUAAGCGAAGCUCCCACCGCUUCUUCUCUCUUCAACUCUAACUAGAGAAGAAAUGGGUAGAGCUCCUUGCUGUGAGAAGGUGGGGCUGAAGAAGGGGAGGUGGACGGCAGAGGAGGAUGAGAUAUUGGUGGAGUACAUUACUGCCAAUGGAGAAGGGUCCUGGAGAUCCUUGCCUAAGAAUGCAGGGCUUUUAAGGUGUGGGAAGAGCUGCAGGCUAAGGUGGAAAAACUACCUCAGAACUGACCUCAAGAGGGGAAACAUUUCUAAGGAGGAGCAGGAGAUCAUCAUCAAACUUCAUGCCACUGUAGGAAAUAGGUGGUCCCUGAUAGCCGGACAUCUCCCGGGAAGAACUGAUAACGAGAUCAAGAACUACUGGAACUCUCACCUCAGCAGGAGAGUCUACAGCUUCCGGAGGGCCGGCGGCCAUGUAGAGGCUGCCAUGCCGGUGGACCUCAGCAAGCUCGCCGCCGGCGGCAAGCAAAGGGGUGGAAGACUAGCUAGUAGGUCAGCCAUGAAGACGAACACGACGAAUGGGAUUGAUAGAAGAGAGAAGAAUGAGAAGGGUGUCGUCCCCGCAACCUCAUCAGCGCAGACUCAAAGUGACGAGGGACACAGCAUGGUUCUGGACCGGGACCAGCACCAAGCUAGUUGUGUCACCUUUGAAGGUCUCAACGACGAGAUGGUAAGUGGGCUCCUGAGCCCAAGACCAGUAGAAAGUGGGCUCUGGGGAGCAAAUACUGAGAUGGAAGCCAUGCAGGUUGGUGCAACUGAGGAGAGCAGUGUGGGUUGGGGGUCUCAUGAGGAAAGGGAGAGUGGGGUCAUGAGCUCAAGCGAGGCGAGGGAGGGCAGGGCCCUUGUCCUGAACGGGAAUGGAAAUGGUGGGAACAUGGGCUUGGAGGAGGGAAGAGGGACUGGGGUAGUGGCCAAAGGGGAGGAGGAGGUGGGGUCAGCCCAGGUAGACCAAUUCCUGGACUGGGACUUGGGAGGAAUUGAGGCCAAGCUAUGGGAUGAGGCAGGAGAGAUGUGGCCAUGGCAGUGGGAUGGUGAGAACGGGGAAUUGGGGCUACAGCGAAUAGAGGGCUGUGGGUACCAAGAAGAGUCGCUGGAUGGUUGGCUUCUAUCGGAUGUCCUAUAAGAGUGGUUUUCUCGUGGUGGUGGCUUUGAUAACAGAUAGGGGUUAUUGAAGAGGAUUGCUCAUGGUUUGCCGCGGUAGGAACAAUGUAUGUGAAGGACUGAAAUGAUAACUUUGUAGCACCGUGCAUGUUCUUCGUUUUUCAUGCAUGUCUUGUAUUCAUUAGCUAUGUGGAAUAUCCCUGUGAAGUCUCCAUUAACUUCCAAAGGUGGAUCAGAUCCGUCGUGUACCUAAGGUGAAAUCAUCCUGGAUGGAUUCAUUUCAUCCUAAAGUGAAAUUGUUAGGUGGAUUCAUUUCAUCUUAAGUCUACGGUGGAUUUGGCCCAUAAAGGAGAGACGAGAAGAAAAAUGGUUUAGUAGCUAGACAGUAACUUAGAAGGUGGUAUUUUGCUAUUAAUUGCGGUUCUCAGUUA